UCAAAUCCUCCCUACAUAUAUAUACCCCUAUAAAUAAAUAUUCUUCUUCUUCUUCUUUUUUUCUUUGGUUUCCUGGGAAUCGAAGAAGCGACUGAUUCAUGGAGGUGGAGGUUAAGCUGCGGCUUCCAGACGCGGUGGCCCACCGUCGCGUCACCGAUGUUCUUGCCCCAUUCCACGUCAGCACCCACCACCAGGAGAAUUGCUUCUUCGACGGCUCGGCCGGCGAGCUCUCGGCAAGCCGAGCCGCCCUCCGCCUCAGAUUCUCCGACAACCACCCGCGCUGCGUCGUGUCUCUCAAGGCCAAGGCCGUGCUCGUUGACGGCGUGAGCCGCGUGGAGGAGGACGAGGAGGAACUGGAGCCGUCGAUCGGGCGUGAGUGCACGGCGGAGCCGGGGAGGCUGAAGGACGUGGAGUCGAGGGUUUUGGGGAGGGUGAGGGAGGAGUUUGGGGCGCUGGGGUUUGUGGGGCUGGGAGGGUUUGGGAAUGUGAGGCGAGUGUACGAGUGGAAGGGGCUGAAAUUGGAGUUGGACGAGACUGAUUUUGGGUUUGGGACUAUGUAUGAGAUUGAAUGUGAGAGCGCUAAUCCUGAGGACGCCAAGCAAUUGCUCGAGGAGUUUCUUAAGGACAGUGGUAUCCCCUAUUCCUACUCGGAGAAAUCCAAAUUCGCCAUUUUUCGCACCGGGAAGCUUACGUAGUUAUCCCAGACAAUGACCAUCAGCGCCCAUUGAUGUGAAAGAUGUUCCGGUGUUGAUGCUAGAUUUAUAGUCAGAUUCCCAUAUCAAACAUCUUGCUGCUUAAGUUUGCAAGAAGGCCAUUUUUUAUUUUUAUCUUAUGUCAAGCUACUCUCCUAUAAACAACGUGACCAACUUUACUAACUUUCUUUGUUUGAUUGAGUGUUUUCUUUUGCCCAA